AUGUUAUUUAUUCUAAUCUUAAUACUCUCCAUAGCUUACGCUCAGGACUUCGACGGUUGUGCUGGAUGUCCUGAUGAUCAGAGCUGCGACGGCGGUAAAAAUAUAGGACACGCGGAUUUAGAGGGCUGUAGUUUAAAUGCCAACAAUGAGAUGUGGUACUACAGUGGUAAUUCCUGUAACAAAAUGAAAUAUCUCGGCUGUGGUGGCAAUAGAAAUCGAUACUGCAGCAAGUUCCAUUGUGUGAUCUUAUGUGCUCGUAUUUUUGAUACUAAAUUAUCUAAAUGGUAAAACAAAUAAAAAUUUCAGAAAAAUAUAAGGAUUCCUACUAUAGAAGUUUAUAGAAUAGUAUAGAAUUAAUGUUAUUAAAUUUAAUCUUAUCAUAUAUGUUAGCAUAAUCUCCACUUAUAUAUUUGUUAAAAAACCACAUUUUGAAACAGCUGUUGGCAUAUAUUUAACUAUUAAAUUG